GUGUACGCUGUGUUUGCGCAGCUCUGUGACUCUCAGGUGGAUGCAAGAUCUGCAAGCCGCACAUUCCAGGAGCGGGUCCGAAAGAGAGAGUGAGCAAGAGAGUGAGUGGGGGCGUCUUGAUGGAUAGGUUCUGGUUAUCCAUCGCACCAAGGGACACUUAAUUCUUGGCAGUAAUUUGGAAGCAACUGGACAGACUGGAUGACAGACUGCCCUGUUCUUGGCCAUUAAUACAAAGGUGAGGGAUGCGAACAUGGACACUGAUAAUCUGAUUGAGCGAAUUGAGCUACAGCUGAAGGGCACUUCAUUUCCACUGCUCGUCACCAGAGACACGCUGGAGGAUGCAAAUGAGACCACAGGGAAUCAAUUUCAGCAGCCUGACUGGCAGGUGGCACUGUGGGCAUUGGCAUACUCACUCAUCAUCCUGGUGUCAGUCACCGGGAACGUGACGGUCAUAUGGAUCAUCCUGGCACACCGACGCAUGAGGACCGUCACCAACUACUUCAUCGUCAACCUGGCUUUCUCCGACGUUUCAAUGGCAACCUUUAACACCCUGUUUAACUUUGUCUACGCAUUGCACAACGACUGGUACUUUGGCUUGGGCUACUGUCGAUUCCAGAAUUUCUUCCCUAUCACUGCGAUGUUCUCUUCUAUUUACUCCAUGGCUGCCAUUGCGGUGGACAGAUACAUGGCCAUCAUCCACCCUUUGAAGCCUCGCCUGUCCUCCACCUCGACCAAGGUUGUAAUCGCAGUCAUUUGGACUGUGGCUGUCUUGCUCGCAUUCCCGCAGUGCUACUACAGCGUGACCAGAUUUUACUACCCCAGGACUGUUUGCAUGGUCGACUGGCCAGACGACUACGGGGGAACACAUCAACUCAGCUACCAGUUUGCAGUGAUAUUGCUGAUCUACUUGCUCCCCUUGCUGGUGAUGCUUGUGACCUACAGUUUAGUGGGGCAGACCCUAUGGGGGGGCCACAUCCCAGGAGAGGCAUCAGACCACUACCACAGCCAGAUAACUGCAAAGAGAAAGGUAGUAAAGAUGAUGGUUGUUGUGGUGGUGACCUUCGCGCUCUGCUGGUUACCUUACCAUAUCUACUUUAUACUGGGAUCAAUCAACACGGACAUUUACAAGCAACAUUACAUCCAACAGGUUUACCUGGCCAUAUUCUGGUUAGCAAUGAGUUCGACCAUGUACAACCCUAUCAUUUACUGCUGUCUAAAUCAAAGGUUCCGUGCUGGUUUCCGCCACGCCUUUUCCUGGUGUCCCUUCAUCAAAGUUUCAGAGGAAGACAAGCUAGAGCUUCAGCAGACACACACCUUCAGAGUAACCAUGACACGCAGCCUUUGCAAAAACAGUGAGCAUGCCUCCACCCAUGCAAAUAGCACAAUUAGUGCAAACAAAAAUUCUGGGCCAGGUUGAUGCCAACACGACUACGUGGACAUUCAUGGUACAAUGAAGGUGUUUGUGCUCUCAUGCUUACUCAUUUGCUGCUAUUGAUCGGGAUAGACGCUCAAUCCAUUUGAGGUACUGUUUGUUGUGAAGAGUCCAUUUCAGACAAAAUUAAGCAAAAUGAAUAAUUUCCCUCAGUCCUGCUAUACAAAGCAUGAAUUGAACAAAAGUCUAAUCAUUGUGGGUAGCUUUUGUGGAAGGCAUAUUAUCAGUCGUAUUAGCCACAGACGAGCACACAUCACAAAAGACGUGCUGUUACUCUACCAAUUUUGUGGCCAUUGAAUGCAAGAAGACAUUUUCACAUUGGCUAUUGUCAUCACUGUGGUUAAAACCAUGCUUUUAUUCCUAGUAAUGUAUCCACCACAGUCUCUAUUAGCAGACGACACUAACUCCUUGAUGUGUGAAUUUACAUCAAAUAUACAUCAAUACGCAUUGGGGAACAGAUGAGUACAUGAAAAUAAUAAUAUAGAAAUUUUAAUUGAAAAAUCGGAAAAUCCUAAAUAAAAAAUCCAAAUAGAUUUUAAAUAUAUAUGGCGGAAAACACACAGUUGACUUGAAGUUCCGCUCUAACACCCCCAAUUUGGCCAAAUUUAGAAAACUGUCCUACAGUGGGGAGAACAAGUAUUUGAUACACUGCCGAUUUUGCUGGUUUUCCCACUUGCAAAGCAUGUAGAGGUCAGUAAUUUGUAUCAUAAGUUCUUUUCAACUGUGAGGGACGGUAUUUGAUACAUCACAAAAAUCGAACUUAAUAUUUGGUACAGAAACCUUUGUUUGCUAUUACAGAUACCAAACAUUUCGGGUAGUCCUUGACAAUGUUUGCACACACUGCAGCAGGGAUUUUGGCCCACUCCUCCAUGCAGAUCUUCUCUAGAGCCUUCAGGUUUCGGGGCUGCUGCCGGGCAACACGGACUUUCAGCUCCCUCCAUAGAAUUUCUAUCGGGUUCAGAUCUGGUGACUGGCUAGGCCACUCCAGGACCUUAACAUGCUUCUUACGGAGCCACUCUUUGGUUGCCUUGGCUGUGUGCUUUGGGUCGUUGUCAUGCUGGAAGACAGCCACGACCCUUCAGGGCUCUCACUGAAGGAAGGAGGUUGUCAGCCAAGAUCUGGCGAUACAUAGCCCCAUCCAUGCUCCCCUCAAUACGGUGCAGUCGUCCUGUGCCCUUGGCAGAGAAGCAGCCCCAAAAAAUGAUGUUUCUUCCUCCAUGUUUCACGAUUGGGAUGGUGUUUUUGGGGUUGUACUCAUCCUUCUUUUUCCUCCAAACACGACGAGCAGAGAUUAGACCAAAAAGUUCCAUUUUGGUCUCACCCGACCACAUGACCUUCUCCCAUUGCUCCUCUGGAUCAUCCAGAUGAUCAGUGGCAAACUUCAGACGUGUCUGGACAUGCACUGGCUUCAGCAGCGGGACCUUGCAGGAUUUUAAUCCAUGACGGCGUAAUGUGUUUCCAAUGGUUUUCUUCGAGACUGUGGUUCCAGCUCUCUUCAGGUCAUUGACCAGCUCCUGCCGUGUAGUUCUGGGCUAAUCCCUCAACUUCCUCAUGAUCAAUGAUGCCCCACGAGGUGGGAUCUUGCAUGGAGCCCCAGAACGAGGCAGAUUGACCAUCAACUUGAACUUCUUCCAUUUUCUAAUAAUCGCUCCAACAGUUGUUACCUUCUCACCAAGCUGUGUACUUAUUUUCCUGAAGCCCAUCCCAGCCUUGAGCAGGUCUAUUAUUUUAUCCUUGAUGUCCUUACACAGCUCUUUGGUCUUGGCCAUUGUGGAGAGGUUGGAGUUUGUUUGUUUGAGCAUGUGAACAGGUGUCUUUUAUACAGGUAACAAGUUCAAACAGGUGCAGUUACUUCCGGUAAUGAGUGGAGAACAGGAGGGGUUCUUAAAAAAGAACUAAGAGCCGAAAUAUUUACUAGUUGGUAAUGUAUCAAAUACUUAUUUCAUGCAGUUAAAUACAAAUUUAUUAUUUAAAAAUUAUACAAUAUGAUUUUCUGGAUUUUUGUAUUAGAUUCCGUCCCUCACAGUUGAAGAGAAUUUAUGAUACAAAUUACAGACCUCUAAUGGCUUGCAAGUGGGAAAACCAGCAAAAUCGGCAGGCAGUGUAUCAAAUACUUGUUCUCCCCACUGUAUAUGCAUAUGUGUGACAUCAUUGGAGAGCUUAAAAUAUUUUCUGGGAAAGAACAUUUUUGAACAGGAGGGCAUUUUUUGACACCUCAAAAGUUGGCCAAAUCAGUUGAGUGAAAAAUAGAGAUUUUUGAGACCUAUGAAAUUAUAGUUUCUCAUUUACAAAAAAAAAAAGGUUUUGGACACCCAUCUUGGUACACAAUAAAUAAUGAACACCUCAAGAUGAUCCCCCUUUGUCUACUCAAGUCUUUAAUAAUCAAUAUGCAUGCACUAAGACAUGUGGGUGGAUGUACAGUAAUAAAGGAAAUUGGUGUGUGAGUAAAUGCAGAUUUAAUUUAGCCCUGUUUUAUUUCGUGAAUAAACAUGGCUAAACGGGGAGUUAGCUGUAUAGUUAAUCAUAACUUUACUGCAUACAGUUUUUGAUUUGACUUCAUUUAAUUUGUGCAAAGAAUACACAUUUCCAGUGGAAUUUUAGGGGUUAAACUAUCCCAUAAUAUUUUAAUUUUUGCAGUGGGCUUUUAAAAUAUUUUUCAAUUAUGAUUAAAGAGUGUGAAUGCGAGAUACUGAGAAUAAAAGGCUCCAUAUGCAUAAAGGGAACAUACAAAUGUGAGUACAUAACACAAUUUAUUGUAUAAGUAUUUAGCCUUCAAGUCUAGGACCUACGCUUUAUGAUUUAUCAUCCUAUAAUAAGCAAUCCCAAAUGGCAACAAAGGUCGAAAAGAUAAUGGACAGCAUGCUAGUCAGUUAGCCUGCUAUGUCCAUAAUUGUCGCGCUGGCGUUCAAUUUCAAUGUAUAUCUGUUUGUGGCCAUGUUUUUAACGAGAUAUUAUCACAUACUUGUUUCGAUCCAAAAAUUCCGUGUAGCAUGUGUCAAGACACAACUGUGAAUGGCCACAGCCGGACUUUGUGGGGAUUUUAUGGGUGGAACACUGUAAUAUAACAAGGGUCGCGAUGCAGAAUUCGCAGACAACAAGGAGUGGUCGAGAUUUUCUUUUUCAAAUACCCCUUUAAAUGUUUUUUUCCCCAAUUUUUCUUUGUUUGGAUCGAUUAUUUAUCAUCUAAAAUAUCCGGGAAAAUGCUACAGUAACAAAAAAAAAACAAACAAAAAAAAUACAAUUAAGCAAUAGUUACGGGGUAGAUAUCCGUGACGUAUUUACAGACACAAUUUUUUUAAUUGUGACAUAAAAUGUUAAAAUAUGCGAGUGAAUAAUUUUUUUGUCGUUUUUUUUUUUUUUUAACUAAAUAUUAUCCAUCGAUCCAUUAAUUAAUGAUUCACAGCUAAAAAUGAUACACAUUUUGAAUAAUACGUGUAAUUACUAACCUUUUUAUGGCUGGAUUGAAACAAAAGCGGUUGCGCAGUGUUUAUAAACAGGGGUAUACAGGGUAAAACAGACAAAUUAAAAAUUUUCCGGGGGCGUAAUGCGCCAUGAAACUACUAUGGCAGGAUAUAGACAUAAUGUUCUAUCAAACACAACAGUUCUUUUGGGCUAGAAUACAGCAGUUUAUUUUAAAGACGAUUGCAAGAGCAGAAACUGCUUUUUCAGCCUUGUCUGUGUUUUCCUUCAUAAUAUAUAUAUAUAUAUAUAUACACAGUGGGGAAAUAAGUAUUUAGUCAACCACCAAAUGUGCAAGUUCUCCUGCUUGAAAAGAUUAGAGAGGCCUGUAAUUGUCAACAUGGGUAAACCUCAACCAUAAGAGACAGAAUGUGGGGAAAAAAAAAAAAAAAAACAGAAAAUCACAUUGUUUGAUUUUAAAGAAUUUAUUUCCAAAUUAGAGUGGAAAAUAAGUAUUUGGUCACCUACAAACAAGCAAGAUUUAUGGCUGUCAAAGUCAACUUCUUCUAACAAGGUCUAACGAGGCUUGACUCGUUACCUGUAUUAAUGGCACCUGUUUUAACUUAUUAUCGGUAUAAAAGACACCUGUCCACAAACUCAGUCAGUCACACUCCAAACUCCACUAUGGCCAAGACCAAAGAGCUGUCGAAGAACACCAGAGACAAAAUUGUAGACCUGCACCAGGCUGGGAAGACUGAAUCUGCAAUAGGUAAAACACUUGGUGUAAAGAAAUCAACUGUGGGAGAAAUUAUUAGAAAAUGGAAGACAUACAAGACCACUGAUAAUCUCCCUCGAUCUGGGGCUCCAUGCAAGAUCUCACCCCGUGGCGUCAAAAUGAUAACAAGAACGGUGGGAAAAAAUCCCAGAACCACACGGGGGGACCUAGUGAAUGACCUACAGAGGGCUGGGACCACAGUAACAAAGGCUACUAUCAGUAACACAAUGCGCCGCCAGGGACUCAAAUCCUGCACUGCCAGACGUGUCCCCCUGCUGAACUUGCACAAUUGGUGGUUGACUAAAUACUUAUUUGCCCCACUGCGUGUAUAUAUAUAUAUAUAUAUAUAUAUAUAUAUAUAUAUAUAUAUAUAUAUAAAAUAUAGAAAAUAAAAUUUAAAAUUACAAAAAAAAAAUUUUUUUUUUUAUAUAUUUGACCAAAAUAAAAAGAUUUUAAAAACUAAUAGGAAAAUAUACAAAAUAUAAAUAAAAAAUUAAAAUAAAACACUGAAAAAAUGUAAUAUUCUUGGAGGGGUUUCUUUCAAUAAACAAGGAGGAAGUUAUCCUUCCUUUUAAAUUUGUAAUUUUUUAAAAAUUAAAAUACAUAUAUACAGUAUAUAAAGUAAUUGUCUAUGCAAUAUUUUCUUUCUUAAACCCUUUUCACACACAUAAAUUCCCAUGUAAGGUGACACGGGAUUUACCCGCGUCAUUGAUUUCACACAAUGAGAUAUCCCGGGAAUGACGCGGGUUGGACGCUUUCACAAACUCUUCCCGUUUUGCCGACUCGGCGCUCUCUGUGCAGGGAGGGCUGCUGGCGUGAUUUUAUAACCCGGAUAUUAUGUCAUUUUUGGGAGGCAUUGGCUGUCACAUUGUGCACAGUGCCCUAUGACUGACAGGCGACCAGUAUAGGGUGUAGUCUGCCUUUCUCAUGAAGUCAGCUGGGAUAUGCUUUCACGGCCCUAACAACGGUAUGGAUGGAUUUUUAAAAAUCUUAUGAGUUUGUAAUUUUAUAUUUUAAGACUUUAGUAUUUAGAAGUUUAUUUUUAAAUUUAUUUUUACAUUUUUGUUAACUCUUUGGCUAUCAUCGACAGCGCUAGACAAAUGUGGUAGGAUUUGCAGUGAAUGAACAAAUUUUCAUUCGCUGCCACCCUCCCUCUUCAAAUGGAUUGAACGUCUAAUAAGGAUAAACACAUUUCAAUUCACAGAAGAAGGAUGAUUGGACAACACUUGAUUAAACAACAAGCAUAAUCACAUUGAAAGACUUACUGGUGAAUGUAAAUUCAGCCAUCAAGCAGUUAAAUAUUGUGUACAUUCCAUUUAAGGCAGAAUCAAGAUCGCAAUCAUUGGUGUAAAUGUAUGCAGUUAUCAAUAUCAAGUAAAAUGUGAAAAGUAUCCUCUCAUUUCCACACAAUACUUUCCUUUCGCUCACUCAGCACUUUUCUUCUUUACGCUGUGCUUGGGAAGCAAAAGAUGUGUAUUAAUGUAAAACAAAUGCAUUUCUGUCAUGGUGUGAAGAAAUCAAUGGUUAUUACCCUGAACUGAUUAAAAGUAUUCUCAACAUUGUCAACAAUUUUUGUCAGUGGUUGAAGGCAUCAACAUCGUUCAUGUAUCUAAUAAAUGUGAGUAUUUUACAGUAAACUGAAUAUUGUGGUUUUUAUUUUGGCUCGGGAACUCUGUGAACCCAUUACAAAGACCAAAGAGUCAGUCAUUUAGACAUCAGUUUAAUUGUAUUUCGUGGAUGAUUGACAGUGUUGGACAGAGACAGUAAAGGAAUUCAAGUGUUUAUGUCAUCAAUACUGACAAGAGUAAUAAUGGAGUGAUUAUUUGGUUGACUUUUACUUUUGGGUGCUCACUGGUAUUUGGUUGGGAUUCUCCUGCCCACAUAAACCUGAUUUUAUACUUAUGUACAUUACUGUAGCAGCUUUACAUGUUCUAAAAUUAAAAGCAUGUACAUUAAACCUCAGUAUGUCUCUUCUUGAAAUCUUACAAUACUUAAUUUUUUUUUUUAUAUAUAUCUUUGAUAUUGUGAAAGCGGACUCACCAACUGCAUAAUAAUUCCAAACGACUAUGGACCAAAAAUUGACCCCUGAGGGACACCAGCGGUGGUCAACAUAAACGGGAAACAAAGAAAAAAAAAACAUACAACUUUUUAAAUACCAUGAUCCUGAGAUUCAGGAAGUGGGGAUAUUUAAAAGCCUCUUCAGCAGAAGCUUUUAAAAUCUAUUUAAAGUUUCUGAGAGCAUAAUUUGCCACUGGCACCCUUGAUAACACCUCAAACACUUCCAUUGCUCUAGCUAAUUAACUGAUGGAUUCCCUCUGUGUAGGAUGCAACAGUGCACAUAUACUUUGGAAAAUACAAGUGUUCUUUGGAGAUUUUUACAGUAGAGUACAGGAGAUUACAGAAUAGUGAUCAUGUCACCGCAGCAGAGAUUGAAUGUUCCGUGUUCAUGAAUACAGGAAUGAGAUGAUUAAAAAAGAAAAAAAAAAAA